AUGUGUCCAGCUCUUCGCGUUCCGAUUAGGACUUUAUCCCGUACGUCUUUAAGGCUCAUCUCGACUAAGAGCCAGAACGAUAUCUGUGACGUCGAACCUCACUCAAUUUCGAAUAGUGAAAUGAGUUCUGAUGGUGAUAGUGUUGUGGUGCUUUCUUGCACCCCUAGUCAAGAAAGCACCGAUGGUAACGAGCUGUCAAAUCAGUCAAGAGAAUUGGUCUCAAGUGAAUCUCUAAGUCAUAAACAGUCUUCAAGAGCACCGUCUGUGGCUUCCUCAUCGACGGAUCACUCGCAAGUCUUUCCUAAGUCUUGCCAAUGGGCCGGCUGUGAUACUGGUGCCGAUGUUGGGCCUGGCGGAUUACUAUCUCACAUUCAGGAAGCUCAUGUUUUACCUCAGCUUUCGAAAAAGACUCGUUACACAUGUUUAUGGAGUGGAUGCAAGGUUUAUGGUCAUCCUAGUGUCUCCUCCAACUGGCUGUCGCGUCACGUGCAGGAGCACUCAGAGGCCAAAGGCAAACCGUUCUCGUGUAUAUUUGAUCGAUGCUUCCAGCAUUUUUCUUCUUCAAGUCUACUCCAACGCCACAUUGAUCGUGACCACAUGCGUUCUAAAGUGGGUGAUGUGGCUCCCGUAGCUAAAGGACUGUCAUUCUCUCAGUCUGUAUCCGAGUCUCCAGCUAGUGGAAGUAGAAAUCUCGCCAACUUAAAAAGCUGCACUCGAAGGAUAUCGCGGAGGAAACGGAAAUUUCGAUUUUGUCGAAUUAGACACGUGGACUUCUACGAUGCUAGGUCAAAGAUAAUAAUAAAAAAUCGGAUUGUUUUGGAUAAGCUCCUUGCUGAGCGUGCCAUCGAAAGCCUUAUCCGGCCAUCUUCACCCUCCAUCUCGGGUGACGUCCCUCUCUCUCCCCUCGUGGCCUUACCAGGGCCCAUCAGGGGCGAGAACCGUGAUCAGAUCUCUCCCGAAAAGCGCAUCUUGAGGUCCACAUCUGCGACGAUUUCGGGUGACGCCUCUGCCUUAUUACCUCGACCUGCAAGCAGGCCCGAGAGCUAUCGCGUUAAGCUUCUACUCACUAUUCCUCAUACUCAUACCACCAGUGAUGUGGGUCCUCGAAGAGGAGGUUCGUGCAGCGACUGCGUUGGACAAGCUCUAAGUGCUCGCCAUUCAUGUGUCUCCUGCCUCUCGCUCCUCGUCCGUUGGUGUUGCGGACAUGACCUGUGCAAUAUGAAGGGACAAAUUGAGCUGAGGCCUCAGUGA